ACAAGUUACAACUGGAAGGUAUAUUUUCUGACAGAAAUACCUUGUGGAAAUAACUUUUUUUAUCUUUAUAAAUGAAAUUCUUUCAUCGGAAAUCGACUUUAAAAUUUGAUUGGGAAACGGUCUCAAGUGCUUGGCAUCGCAGAUACCCAAACCCAUUCAGCAAACACGUGUUGAGUGAAGACGUUGUAAGUCGAUGUUUAGAAAACGAUGUUUUAAAGAGUAAAAGAUUAUUAGUUAAAACAAAUCCAGCUCCAAAAUGGACAACUAAAUUUGUAGGCAGUGGUGUGAAAUCAGCGUGUAUCAUAGAGGAAUCUCUUGUUGAUCCUAAAAGAAAAGUUAUGACAACAUACUCCAGAAAUAUCUUCUUCACAUCACUUAUGGUGGUGGAGGAAAAAUGUGUUUAUUCUGUUUGCCCAAAUAACAAAAACUGGACGGAAUGUAGAAAGGAUGCGUGGAUAAGCUCAAAUGUUUUUGGACUUGCAAGAGCGAUAGAAUCAUUUGGUAUUGAAAGAUAUAAGAAAAAUAUUGUCAAGGCUCGUAAAGGCUUGGAAUACAUAACAGAGAGAUUGUUUACACCUGACAGAUUGCCAUAUACAAUGAAGAAUCCGAACAUUGGUUCACCUUAGUUGUGUCUGCCUUAAUAUAAUUUGUAUAUAAUUUUCUAGGAAAUUUUAUUUAAUUAUAAGAAUUAUGUGCAUCUUGUUUUAUGAAAUA